AUGCGGGGUCAGUAUGUGUGGGGCACAGGGCCCCCGAUGCAGGGCCCAAGAGAGCCCAGAGUGCAGCUGCCCUCCUACCCUGAGGAUGGGAGUGGGCUUUCCAGGGGACAUAAAGACGCCAGGCCUGGACCUCCUGGGCGGGAAAAGGAGCGGGUCCUGAAGGCCUGUGCCCCACAGCCCCAGCACCAGGUGGACUGCAGAGCAGUGGGUGGGCCGGUGGCAGCCGGGGAGAAGCCCCCCCAUCAGCAGGCUGGGUGUCGAGUCCACAGUGCAGCUGACCUGCUCCUGCCUGAGCAUUUCAGCUGUGGCCCGCAUUCUUCUGAGAGCCUGGCCCCAGAGGCCAGUGGACCACCCUGGGGCUCUCACACUCUUCUGAGGCAUUGCAACUGCAAAAACCAGCCCUGUGCAGUGCUGCCUGACAUGGAGUUCCCUCCCCAGCUGCUGGCAGAGCAGUUGACUCUGAUGGAAGGGGAACUAUUGACAUUCAGAGACAUAGCUAUAGAAUUCUCUCUAGAGGAAUGGCAAUGCCUGGAUCGUGCUCAGCAGAAUUUAUAUAGAGAGGUGAUGUUAGAGAACUACAGAAACCUGGUCUCCCUAGAUAUUACUGUCUCUAAGUCAGACUUGAUCACCUGUCUGGAGCAAAAUAAAGAGCCCCAGAAUAUAAAGAGAAAUGAGAUGGUAUCCAAACACCCCGUUACGUGUUCUCAUUUCAACCAAGACCUUCAGCCAGAGCGGGGCAUAAGAGAUUCACUCCAAAAAGUAAUAACAAGAACACAUGGAAAAUGUGGACGUGAGAAUUUACAAUUAAAAAAGUGUUGUAAAAGAGUGGAUGAGUAUGAGGUGCACAAAGGAGGUUGUAAUGAAGUUAACCAAUGUUUGUCAAAUACCCAAAACAAAAUAUUUCAGACUCAUAAAUGUGUCAAAGUCUUUGGUAAAUUUUCAAAUUCCAAUAGACAUAAUGCAAGAUAUACUGGAAAGAAACAUUUGCAAUGUAAAAAAUAUGGCAAAUCAUUUUGCAUGUUUUCACACCUAAAUCAACAUCAGAUAAUUUAUACUACAGAGAAGUCCUAUAAAUGUGAAGAAUGUGGCAAAUCCUUUAACCACUCCUCAAAUGGUACUACACUUAAAAGAAUUCUUACUGGAGAGAAAUCCUACAGAUGUGAGGAAUGUGGCAAAGGCUUUAGGUGGCCCUCAAACCUUACUAGACAUAAGAGAAUUCACACUGGAGAGAAACCCUACACAUGUGAAGAAUGUGGCCAAGCCUUUAGGCGCUCCUCAACACUUACUAACCACAAAAGAAUUCAUACUGGAGAGAGACCCUACAAAUGUGAAGAAUGUGGCAAAGCCUUUAGCGUAUCCUCAGCCCUCACUUACCACAAGAGAAUUCAUACUGGAGAGAAGCCCUACACAUGUGAAGAAUGUGGCAAAGCCUUUAACUGCUCCUCGACCCUUAAGACACAUAAGAUAAUUCAUACUGGAGAGAAACCCUACACAUGUGAAGAAUGUGGCAGAGCCUUUAACUGCUCCUCAACUGUUAAGGCACAUAAGAGAAUUCAUACUGGAGAGAAACCGUACAAAUGUGAAAAAUGUGACAAAGCUUUUAAGUGGCAUUCAAGUCUUGCUAAACAUAAGCUAAUUCAUACUUGAGAGAAACCCUACAAAUGUGAAUAA